AUGGCUAGUGACCAGGGCAGGAUCAAUGAAACCCAAGUCCCCACCGCUUUGGCCAUCGUUACGACUUUCACGGUACUCUCAUGCGCCUGCGUAGUCCUCCGUCUUUACACUAGGAGAAUAAUAUUGCGAAAUGUUGGGGCGGACGACUAUGUCAUCAUUGUGGCACAGGUGCUCAACUUCGGAGUAUCAGCUGGAAAUUACGCAAUGCUUGCCGCUGGGGGCGCAGGGCGACACAUCGAGUUUGUUCAGGAUAAACUAACAAUUUUUUCUAAGGUGCUCCUAGCUGCUAUAGCACUAUAUAAUGCGACACAGAUUACAAUCAAGAUAUCGCUCCUUCUCCAAUAUGGAAAGAUUUUUCCAGGUCGAAAUAUGCGACUGGUUUGCAACUGGGGCACUGGGUUUCUUCUAAUGUGGGGAGCUGCGCAACAGGUCUUCACUCCAUUCAUUUGCACAUUCACAAAUAUCACACACAUUCCGGAAGGAGUUUGCGUAGGUAAUAACACACUAGCUGCACUCAAUGCUGUCAUGAAUGUAGUUACCGAUUUCCUGAUUCUCAUCGUCCCUUUUAAACCUGUACUUCAACUGCAAAUCAACAUGUUGCGUAAGAUAUACCUGUUGGCUAUCUUGUGCAUGGGAUUAACGUGUAUCACCAGU